AUGUUCGAUGCAACCUCCAGAGAGCCGCUUGCUACCACGAAUAUGUCGACACCAGCUGCAGAACAACGAAAACUCGUCGAACAGUUGAUGGGCAGGGACCCCAGUUUCCAACACAACCGGUAUUCGCAUCAUAAGAGAGACCUUGGGCUACACGACCCCAAGAUCUGCAAGUCGUACCUCGUAGGGGAGUGCCCCUACGACCUGUUCCAGGGCACCAAACAGAGCUUGGGGAAAUGCCCGCAAAUCCAUCUAGCCAAACAUAAGAUCCAGUACGAGAGAGAUGUCAAGCAGGGCAAGGCAUUUCCGGAAUUCGAGAGAGAAUAUCGUACCAUCCUAGCGCGAUUCGUCAAUGAGUGUAACGGCCAGAUUGCGCUUGCAUUGCAAAACCUUAAGCACACCGCCGAAGAACGAAUGAAGAUCCAGCAGGUCACCGAAGAACUGGACCUCUUGGACGCGCGGAUAGGUCUUAUGGGACAGGAAAUUGAUUCUUUGAUCCAUGCGGACGAAGUCACUAUGGGCAUGCUGCAAUCGGUUAAGUUGCAAGAACUGAUAAACAAGAGGAAAGAGGUUGCCAAACGUGUGAGAAAUAUCACGGAAAAUGUUGGUCAGAGCGCUCAGCAGAAGCUACAGGUGUGUGAGGUGUGCGGUGCUUACCUAUCACGUCUAGAUACGGACAGAAGGCUUGCUGACCACUUCUUGGGGAAAAUACACCUGGGAUACGUCAAGAUGAGAGAGGAUUAUUUUCAGCCAAUGAACAAUAAUCAGGCCGCUGACACUAAUAGGACGGCUGCACUACCCGGAAGACGCUUUGUGUAG